AUGCUGAGCUGGUGUUUCCCGGCGGAAGGAACUGGCAAGGCACACCCGGAAGUAUCCUUCUGCAGAGGGCAGACACAGGGUCCUCCAUGUGUUAGGCAGAAGAGAAGAGACGCUAGUGACUGUAGAGGUAGAUAGAGGGGGUGGUGCUGCAGGGAUGGGGCCCAGCUUCUUCCUCCGGCCUCUCCUGUACAGGAGGGCUCUGCUGCUGCCACCACAGGGCCAGAGAUGGGCCUCAGGGGCUGCCAGGACCAGUGGGGGAGCAGAGGAGGUCUCUAGGUUACUGGAGGGGGCAGAGGUGGAUAGAGAGCAGGGGGAAGGACCCAUGCCAGACAGAUGCCCCACUGACAGGACAGUCAUCCUCUUCCCUGGUCAGGGCAGCCAGCAGGUGGGCAUGGCCAGAGUGCUUCUGAAGUACCCCAAUGCCAGGGCCAUGUUCCUGGCGGCCCACAAGGUGCUGGGUUAUGACCUGCUAGAGCUGUGCCUCCGGGGCCCCGCUGAGAUGCUGAAUAAGACGGUGCACUGCCAGCCAGCUGUGUUUGUCACCUCCAUGGCGGCGGCGGAGAAGCUCAGUCAAGAAAACCCAGGGGCCAUAGAGAAUUGUGUUGCAACAGCGGGAUUCAGCGUCGGGGAGUAUGCCGCUCUUGUAUUUUCUGGUGCCCUGGACUUUGCAGAAGCUCUGUACGCGGUGAAAGUCCGAGCGGAGGCCAUGCAGGAGGCGUCUGAGGCUGUUCCUAGUGGGAUGCUCUCCGUAGUUGGGACAUCUAGGGCCAGAUAUUAUAACGCUUGCACUGAGGCCAUAGAGCACUGCAAGACAUUGGGCAUAGAAGACCCUGUGUGUGAAGUGGCGAAUUACCUGUUUCCCGAUGGCAGAGUUCUCGCCGGCCACAUAGAGGCCAUUGACUUUUUGCGAAAGAAUUCCAAGAAAUUCCAUUUCAGCCACGCUAGGCUGCUGCCGGUUAGCGGCGCGUUUCACACUCGCCUGAUGCAACCCGCCGUGGAACCUCUCAAGAAAGUUCUGAAGACCUUAAACUUCAAGCAGCCGCUCAUUAACGUGUACUGUAACGUCGACGGAAAACGGUACCGGCACGCGACGGCUAUAGAGGAUCUCCUGGCCAAGCAGCUGGUUUCCCCUGUAAAAUGGGAGCAAAUACUGCAUACAAUCUACGAGAGGAGACAAGGAACCAACUUCCCUAUGACACUGGAAAUGGGACCAGGGAUUCAGCUGGGGACUAUGCUAAAGAUUUGCAAUUUCAAGGCGUGGAAAUCUUAUAAAAACAUUGAUGUUUUUGAAAACGACUGAAAAUAACUUUAAUCAUUCGAUCGCUUAAAAGGAAAAUUAAACCCAAAGUACAAGUUGCUUCAUAUAAUUGAUAGUAAUAGUUACAGCUCUACGUUCAGCAUUGUCACCGAUUCGAGGAAGAUUGCGGAGGAUGUGUUGGCGCAGUUUCCAUACACGGCCCGUACAGAAAUUAUUCUUUCGUCCUUCUGUCCUUCUUCUUUUUUCUUUUCUUUUUUUUUUAGAUUGAGUAUAUUUUGUUGUCUCUUUUUAUAGGUGUAGGGAAUACAUAAUAAACUUAGAUUUUUACGUUUAUUUUUGAAGUAGAAUUCAUCCCUCUCUGGCAUACACUGUAUUAGAACUCUGGUUGCUAAGGGAUACAGCACUUGUCGUUUUUGCUCGAGUCUACAAAACUGUCCCUCCUUGAUUUAAGCUGUUAUGUUCCCUGUGUAGCCUCUGACAGGACAAUUGUACACUGAGCUACACUGAUACUGGACAUGCAACAAGGGCGCAUCUGUGUAUUUAUAGACAGGGGGUUCCAUUUUAUUCCAGGAAAUAAACGUGGUGAAAAUGUAGUUAAA